AUGGUAUCAAUAAGAAGAGCUGAAAUGCAAGAUCUAUAACAUAUGCAACACUGCAAUUUGUGGUGUUUGCCAGAAAAUUACACAUAUAAAUACUACUUGUAUCAUGGAAUGGUUUGGCAAUCAUUAUUAUAUGUUGCAGAAGACAUUAAUAGUGGCAGAAUUGUUGGGUACGUAUUGGCCAAAUAAGAUGAAGAAGAUGAAGAAGGCACAAAGUUGGAACAUGGACAUAUAACAUCCCUUUCAGUCUUGAGAACACACAGAAAAUUGGGAUUGGCAAAUAAAGUCAUGUAAAGUACACACAGAGACAUGGACAAGAUAUUUGAAUCGCAUUAUGUUUCCUUGCAUGUUAGAGUUUCGAAUAGAGCAGCCUUGGGAUUAUACAGAGACAAAUUGGGUUAUGAAACAUUUGAUACAGAAGAGAAAUAUUAUGCUGAUGAUGAAAAUGCUUAUAAUAUGCGGAAAUGGUUUAGAAAAAAGCCAGAGAAGCAAUGAGUGUGUAUCAAAUUAUAACAAUUACCACAUAUAAAUAA